AUGUCCACUCCAUCUUCAUCUCUUAACAGGUCCAUGCAGGAUCUUUGGUCCCAGUCUCGUUCCAGGGUUGCUACUCCACCUGCUGGUUCUGCUGCCCACGCUGCUGCGAUGGCUGUCGAGGCUGCGGCCAGGGAGCAAGUUGGCGGCGCCCGUAAAAACAAUUUGAAAGAUGUACAAGGUGGUGUUGAAGCUAGCAUUGAAAAUGGCCUGGAAAAUCCUUUAGAAAAUCCUCCGGAAAACGCCCCGGAGGCACCCACAGAAACACCCAUAGCUGCCCCCUCAGAAAUUCCCCAGGAUGCUACCAAAAAGCGUAAAAAAUCUUCCACCACCACCAACAACUCAAAACGCUCUCGGAAUCAAUCUUCUCAGUCUUCUAUCGAUACUACUCCGCCUACCGCCCGUCUCACCGAUUUAGGCGGUAUAAAUGAGUGUGUAGAGAGAAUGCUCGAAUUGGUUGCAAUGCCGCUUACUCACCCAGAAGUUUACCUCCACACAGGUGUACAACCUCCACGCGGCGUUCUCCUCCACGGUCCACCUGGCUGUGGUAAAACUCUACUAGCCAAUGCAAUAGCAGGCGAAAUGGCUGUUCCUUUUCUCUCAAUAUCUGCUCCUUCAAUUGUUAGUGGUAUGAGUGGUGAAAGUGAAAAAACUAUCAGAGACACUUUCCAAGAAGCUGCCUCACACGCUCCAUGCUUAUUAUUCAUUGAUGAAAUUGACGCAAUCACCCCAAAACGUGAAAAUGCUCAACGCGAAAUGGAAAGAAGGAUAGUUGCUCAAUUACUCACUUGCAUAGACGAUCUGAGUUGGGAUAAGACUGAUAAUCGUCCAAUCAUCAUCAUUGGCGCUACAAAUCGUCCUGAUAGUCUUGAUCCUGCUCUUCGUCGCGCUGGUCGUUUUGAUCAUGAGAUUUGUAUGGGUGUUCCCGAUGACAGUGGCCGUGAAAGUAUCUUGCGUGUUUUAUGCGCUAGGUUGAAACUCGCAGGCAGUUUUGACUUCAAAGCUCUCGCUAAAUCUACUCCUGGAUACGUAGGUGCUGAUCUUAGUGCUCUUACUGGUGCAGCUGGCGUGAUUGCAGUGAAACGCAUCUUCAAGCAGCUAGCCGAUGAGAGUGGUGAGAUGAGUAUGGAUGUAACGACUAGUGGUGAGCUUGAUGAAAAUCAGAGUACGCAACUCUCUUCGCUGCAAUCACUCGUCAAUCACCUCCCCAAACAGUCAACCAUCGCACACUUCCUCCUCACACACCCAGCUCCACUCACAGACACCCAACUCGAGCGGCUAUCGAUAGAGUUCGGGGAUUUUGACGCAGCCCUUAAGAUAGUUCAACCGAGCAGCAAGCGUGAGGGAUUUGCGACGGUACCCGAUGUGACGUGGGGGGAUAUAGGAGCGUUGCACGCGACGCGCGACGAGUUGCACAUGGCAAUAGUUCAACCGAUCCGCAAACCCGAGCUAUUCACCUCGAUAGGGAUCCAUGCCCCAUGCGGUGUGCUCCUGUGGGGACCUCCUGGCUGCGGUAAGACGUUGCUCGCGAAGGCAGUCGCGAACGAGAGUCGCGCCAAUUUCAUCUCCGUCAAAGGCCCCGAGCUACUCAACAAGUAUGUGGGUGAGAGUGAGCGCGCGAUACGGCAGGUGUUCAUACGCGCUCGCUCCUCAUCUCCUUGCGUCAUCUUCUUCGACGAGCUGGACGCAUUGGUGCCGCGACGCGACGAUAACCUCAGCGAAAGCUCAAGUCGCGUUGUUAACACCCUUCUCACUGAACUCGAUGGGCUCGAGUCGCGCAAGCAGGUGUUCGUUAUUGGGGCUACUAACCGACCUGAUAUUAUAGAUCCUGCUAUGGUGAGACCAGGUCGAUUGGAUAAAUUGCUCUAUGUCGAUCUUCCAAGUGCUGAAGAACGCGUGUUGAUUGUGCGGACUCUCGCUACUAACACACCUAUUCACCCAAGUGAAAUCGCUAAGGUGGAUCAUCUCAUCGCUUCGGAUCGCUGCUAUGGCUUCUCGGGUGCGGAUCUUGCCGCACUGGUUAGGGAGGCGGCUGUUUUAGCGCUCAGACAGACGCUUAUUUCUGAUGCUCACACCGACGCUCAAACUGACACUCAAGUCCCCGUUGUCGUCCUCGCAGACCACUUCAGCUGCGCGCUCGAUAAGGUUCGGCCGUCGGUGAGUCUGGCGCAGGUGAAGAAAUACAACACGCUGCGCAUGAAGUUUAGCGGGUUGCCUACCAAGUCCAAGAAGAGCGAGAGAGAGGAAGGUGAUGAAGUGUCAGAGGAGAUGGAUGGUCUUCUUGUUAAGAUGGUGGCGGUUGGAGAUACGCUGAUAUUCCAAAUACGCAGCUUGGAUAGAGUGGGAGUGAAGGGUGUGUUGGGAGUGUUCAGAGUUGUCCUCCCCCUCCUCCAAGCCGCGUACAGUAAAGGGAGAAGAAAUAGGGAUGGCUGGAGAGGGUUUAUGGAUUGGAUGCUCUGCUUGGUAGACGAUGGAAAUUGCGAUGAGGUGAUGGAGAAAGUCUAG